UGGUGUGCAAAGUAUGCCAGAACUGGCAAAGGAAAGUUGCGAAUAAUAAUAAUAAAUAGUUUUCAAUCGUUUAAUUGCAACUAAUUCAAGAGAGUUGAAUCUUGGCGUGAGGCUGUCCAGUGCAUUAACAACUUGGCGAUAAAUUAAAGGUCAAUAUGAAUUCCCCUGCGACGUUGUACGAGCUGUGACAACAAGAGUUGAUGAACAGAACCGCUUCAACUAGAGAAAAUAUAAAACUUAUCGGUUUUCUACAUUCAUCAAGUUCCGAUAUAGCUACGAACUAGCAAAUGGAGUAAAAUCUCCAUCAUCAAACAGCUUAGCAACGAUUCCUGCUUGUGGCAGUCUCCACUGCAAGGGUAUUAUAUGCAGUACAUGGAAUAACACAUCUGCCUUCGGCUUGCCAUUUGUUUUGUAAACAUUUGUGUUUUACACGUAUGACUUCCAAGAUCCUGAACCAAUAUCUAGACGAAGACGUGAAUGGAACGAUUUUUGUUGCAUACCAUUGUCAAAGCAAUUGAAGCGGAUAUUCAGUGGCAUACACUGCUAUAAGGACUGUUAUGAAAAGUCUCAACAGUAUGGUAACGCACACCAUGAGUAAUUCACUCGCAACACUAUGUAACAUAGGCAACUCGUGUUAUAUGAAUUCGGUGUUGUACACUUUACGAUUUGCACCAAACUUUACACACAAUUUACAUCAUCUCGUAGAAUUCUUGGAGUUAGUGUUGCAUAAAUCAAUUGCAGAUCGAAAGUACAUAGUUCAACAUGAUGAGAAUGCUCAAAAUGAGUUAAAUGUGAUGAAUUCUAAACCGAAAUCUUCCUUCCUCGGACAUAAUGCUGCUGCGGGAGGAACGGAUGGUGCCGCUGGACAUAGUUGGAAUACUAAAGAUUUAAUUCAACAAGACAGAAAUUUGAAUGGAUAUGAAAAAGCAGCAACAAACAGAACAACAGUCUCAUGCGAUGGUUCUGCCAUGCUCGGCGAAAUAAGCUUUGGUGAUAAUGAUAAAUGUAGUGUGCUAAAUAGUCCUACGCAUAGUUGUAAUUUCUGUAGUGCAGCAAAGCCUGCAUGUGCCGGUGAUAAUUGUAGUAGGUCAAGAAAUUCUGAUAUUAACUUUAUUAAUGGAAGCGGUGCAAAAAACAACAGACAGCUGGUUUGCGAAACAUUGCAUGAACUGUUCCACAACCUUGCCCGAAAUGAGGCUUCCGAUGUGAUUGAACCUUUUCAUGCCGGUGGAUUGCUACAAGCUGUACAAAGCGUUAGCAGUACAUUCGAAGGAAAUCAACAGCAAGACGCGCACGAGUUUCUGAUGUGCAUAUUGGAUAGCGUGCGAGAAUCCUGUCAAAUACUGAACAAAAAUCUAAUAGAAAAUCCUGAUAUUCUAAAGAUUAGCCCGUUUCCAUCUCUUGAGAAAGCUGUUGCAACCGAUGUAGCGAUAAACAAUAGCAAUACUACAGCUACGAGUUCCGAGUCGAAAAUUAGCAACACACAGUUCAUUACGCGCAAUUUAUUUCGUCGGCGCAAAGAAUCAUUGAAAAACACCAAGUCAUGCAUAAAAGAUGGACGGUUUGAUGCAGCUGCUGGCAUCAACGUUCAAACCGCUGCGGGAAGUAAUUGUGUACAUACGUGUACGGGGAAACAAAAGAUUACGCUGCCUAACGUAACUGCUGGAGUGCAAGAAUCAAGCGUAGCCCAAGAACGAUUGAAGCAACGUAUCCGGACAUUGGGAUUGAACUUUUUUUGUGAAGAUUUUGAAGGUGUUACAGUAUCAAGAACGAGAUGCCUAUCCUGCGAAACGGUAACCGAACAAAAGGAAACGAUGAUCGACAUUGCCAUUCCAAUCACAUCAAACGAAGUAAACGAUGCAGUUAAGAAUCCUCAACAAUUUUAUCAGGACGCUUGCAUAACCCAGGAAUAUUUUCGAGGUGAUAAUAAGUACAGAUGUGAAGUUUGUUCCGGCUACACCGAAGCGUGUCGUACGAUUUCGUUUGACAUAUUACCACGGUUGUUGGUUCUACAGCUGAAGCGAUUUAAUGGUGAUAUGGAAAAAAUCAACAGCUAUAUUCCAACACCAUUUAUACUGCAGUGUUUUUGUGCGGAAUGUAUAGGAAAGGCGGAUAACGAGAAGCGUCACAUUUAUCGACUAUAUAGCGUUAUCACGCAUGUAGGAGCACGAAUGUCGGUAGGACACUACAUCGCAUAUACCAGUUCACUCCAAAUCCCGCUGCACUACGUAAACUGUGUUAAAGAUCGUCAGAAAAGAGCUUUACUCGCAGCGGCUUCAUUCGAGGCACAGACGACACAGCCUACGCCAGAUGGCAUCAGCAGCACGGGAAUCUCAAACAAAGGUCAAAGUGGCGCCGAGAAAAGCGCAUCCGGUCAAUUAAAGAAGCUGUUCGGCAGCAAAAAAACAUCGAGUGCGGGAGAUAUUAGCAAAAAGUUGAAAAACAACGUAAUUAAUCGUUUCGCCCCGGUUAACGGCAUGGAAAGCUCGCAGCUUCAAACGAACGCAGAUACCUGUCUUGAGAAACCUGCCAGGGCGGGGUACAUUGAUAAUUUCUACAGCAUUCACAGCAUCGAUGCAAAUAUCAAUCAUGCGCAUGGUUCAGGCGAUUUUCUAAUCAGUGGGACUGAAACGUCCGGUCUGUCUUGUCAGAGCGUUGGUUGCUGUGCCGUGCUUGCAAAAGCUACGCAUACGAACGAAAUACUGCAUCCGGCGGCCAACAACGGGCGAUAUUUCGUCGAUGAUGGUUUGGCUAGUGAAAAUGCACGAAACAAUAGCAUCCAUAACGUGUCGCCUAUUUCAACAGGAUCGAUAUGCAACAACAAUUGUACCCAUCACACUCAUAAGCUAGACGCUUCCAACGGCGAAGACCGUUCCAGUAUAGUAGACUGUCACAAUUCAUUAUUUGCCAAUUCGGGGCAUAAUGAAGAAAGUAAAGAUUUAGGCUAUGGUAACGUUAUCCACGAUUCAAUUACAAAUCAACCGCUAACAUGGUACAUGUGUGACGAUGACAAGAUCAAAAUAAUGACUCAGCUUGAGUUUGAGGAGGUUCUUUCACCGAAUCGUCGUCACGUGACAACGCCAUAUUUGCUAUUUUAUGCUCGUUACGAUGUAGCGCAAAAUCAACAUAAUCAAGCAAAGGAGCAAACGAUAUCGCCUGCGCAACAUCAGCAGCAACCGUAUGAACAAAAACUACACACGGCACUUACAAAGCAUGUACCGCCAACAACAAAAUCUGCCACAAUAUCUGUUUAGGUUGAGUAGCGUUGCAGCUAUACUUCGUAAUAUGUCUUGUACCAUUUUAAAUGACUUAGUCCACUCAUUUCAAAACAAAACGUAAUACUUAUGUUACAGCAAAUAAUUAUGGCAAAAUGCAAAAAAAACCCGAUUCUAAAUCAUCCCUACGGCUUACAGACGAACAAUUAUGAACAAAUGUUAGAUAUUAGCUUCAAAAGAGAUGAAAAACAUAAAAUCUGAUAUAUGAAAUGUAUUAGAAAUGAAUAAAAAAACUGAGCAAUGUUCUAUAUAUUUAAAGACUAAUAAAAUCAUGUUUGAUUGUUGUA